AUGGAUGCCCUCACCAGCAUGGGAAAUCAAGAAUUGGAUGGCUUUGUCAAGGCAACAGUUACAUUUCGAGUCCGAGCUGAGACAAAUCUCGGAGAUCAGGUUUUCCUUGUGGGAAGCGGCGCCUCCCUGGGGUCUUGGAAGCCACAGGAAGGCGUCGCUCUCAAGACGCAUGAGGAGGCGUACCCUCUUUGGUGGGCGACGAUCCAGUUCCCACUAGAUGCCCGACAUAAGCACAGCAUCCUCAUGGAGUAUAAGUUCGUGAUCCGCCACACAGAUGGGUGGACAGAGUGGGAGGAAGGUCCAAAUCGAGAACUGCCGCUGAUGUUGCGGGAGGACGACACCUUAGAUCCCAGGACCUACCCUCCCUACAUGGCCAUCUUCGGAGAGCAUCGCGAGAAAGGCCCGCAGUCCACCCUUGUCCCCGUCAUGACCAUGAGCACCUGCUUGGCGGACUUCAACUCGGACGAUCCUGAUGACCCCGAGACAACGUCCCAGUGUUCUUCCGACAGCUCACCUCAACCUGUCAAAGUGGCAAGUUCGAACCAGAAAGUGGCAAGUUCUCCUUACCCAAGCUCAAAACCUUCGCCUAUGCCUGUUAGUGUGGAAAAUUCGCCAACGCCCCUCAAGGGUGAGAGGGUGCCGAAGGUCAGCCAGUCGGCGAACCAGCCGCGAGCUGGCAAGGAAAAGAGUCCCCGCCCCGCCGGGAAGGUGGACGUUUCGCCCCAAGCCGGCAGGGCGAACAAUGAGGUACACACCAAGAAGAAGUCCAAGUCGCCCCCAGCCGAGGGGAAGUCGCCCCAAGCUGCUCAAGUGGCAAACUCGCCACAACCUGCCAAAGUGGCAAAGUCACCCGAGGCCAAGGAAGUGGAGAAGCCGCCACAAGCAACCCAGCAAAACACCUCGGCCCAAGCGGUCGAGGUGGUAAAGCCGCCACAAGUGAAAGCCGAACGACCACCUCAAGCAGCCCAAGUGGAAAGCGUUCCCGAGCCGGUGAAGCUGAUCAGCUCUACCAAGGAUGAAGGAGCCAAGAUGAAAGCAGACAGUGCCAAGAUCGUCCCAGUCAGCCCUCAGGCGCUGAAGCCUCAGUCGAUCAAGCCCGCCAACCCGCGCUACCUUUUAAACGCCGGGGCGACCCGCCUGGCCAAGCCGGCCGGGCGCUGUGAGGAUGCUUACUUCUUCUGCGCGAACGCAGCGGGUGUGGCAGACGGAGUGGGCCAGAUGGAGCAGUUCAAAGAGUACGGAGUCGACGCCGCCGCCUACUCCGACGAGUUGAUGCGCCUCUGCGCGGAGUACAUGCACGAGAAUCCAACGGGCAGACCCGGCGCUGCCCUGGCCUCGGCUGAGAAGGGUGCGACCUCCUUCGGCGCCAGCACAGCCCUAGUCAUGACCUUGGAAGGCCAGGUGGUCCACGUGGCCAACUUGGGUGAUAGCGGCUUCAUGCACCUCCGCUCCAAAGACUGGGGCAUGGAGAUUGUUCAGACGUCGAGGGAGCAGACUCACGGAUGGAACUGCCCAUACCAGCUCACGCGCGUGCCCGAGGAACUGACGAAGGGAACCGCCGUUGUGUUUGACACGGCGGCGGAUUGCGACACGUACGAGUUGGCCAACGUCUUCAUCUACUCGGCCGUGAUUGGCGCGGCUAGCAGAGGCAAGCAGUGGAGAAGUGCCUUAGGGCUCCUGCCUUGCAUGCACCAGGAGUCGGUGCACCCAGACAUGUUCAUCUGGAGUGGCCUGCUUGCCACCUGCGACGCCUUGGGAUGGGAGGGGAGCCUCAAACUGCUUGCCUCAGCUGGCCCCUCUGCAAGCACGGUUGUCUACAACACGGCCAUGAAAACCAUGUCCCUGGGGCACUGGCCUCUGGCCAUGGACAUGGCCACCAGUAUGAGCCUCUCAUCAGUGCAGCCGGACACCACCACUUUCAACACUGCCUUGCUGGCUCAAGCUAAGCAGGGUCGAUGGCAGCACGCCAUCGAGAUGCUGUUGCAGUCCCGCUGCGUUGCAGAGAUCCCUGCUGACAUUGUCUCUGUGAACACGCUGCUGGCGAUUUGCGCCAGCGAUUUGGACGGGCGCUGGGCUCUACGGCUACUAACUUGGGCAAAGCAGUGGCGCUUGCAGCCGGAUGUCGUCAGCUAUUCCUCUGGCAUCACUGCCGCAGAAAAGGAUGCGCACUGGACCCUGGCUCUGGCAUUGCUGCAGGAAUCUAUGGACCAGCAAGUGCUUCCAGACUUGGUCAUGUUCAACGCUGCCAUGUCCGCCUGUGAGAAGGGUCGGCAGUGGGAGCGGGCGCUGGCCCUGCUGGGGGAAAGUGACAGAGCACACCUCGCGCCUGAUGUUGUCAGCUUGGGAGCUGCGGCGACUGCAUGUGAGAAUGGUGGGCAUUGGGAGGGUGCCUGGUCACUGUUGACGGCCAUGCAGGCACGAAGAAUCAGACCGGACACAGUUGUGUGCAAUGCCAUCAUCGGUGCUUUGGAGAAAGGAAGCUGCUGGAAGAUGGCUCUGCAGCUACUGGGUUCCAUGAAGCAUCGAGGGCCAAGUCCCGAUCUGGUGUCGUAUGUUGCUACCAUGGCUGUGUGUGACAAGGCUGAGAAGUGGGAGCAGACUUUGAUCUUGCUGGAUGAGGUCCUGCAGACAUCGGAGGUCUCCAGCAUUCAGGCGGCCCUGAGCAUCUGCAUCAGUGCCUGUGAGAGGAGCUCCGAGGUGCAGAGGGCCUUGUCGCUCUUUGACAAGUUGUGCGAGCGUGGCCUGAGACCAGAUCGCAACAGCUUUAACUCGGCCCUCCGUGCAUGCCAAGCAGCCGGGGACUGGCGGCGUGCUCUGCGCUUCCUUCACAACGAGCAGGGCGACUUGGCCCGAGACCUUACGGGCAUUAACGCCGCGACUGGGGCCUGUGUGUGCCGUGGCCAGUGGCCCGCCGUUCCCGAAUUGCUGCAGCGGGCGGAUGGGGCUGCCGUGCAGUGGUCGAAGGAGGCGCUGGGAGGGCUUGGGUUGUUGAUGCUUUUCGUGGCGCCGAAGCUCCAGAAUCUCAAGUUCUGCGACCUUCUGCUCUUGUUCACAGAUGGGCUCACUGACAACCUUCACUGGCACGAGGUGGUGCGCAAGGUGGAUGAGGUCUUGGAGCGAAAGAUAGGCCAGGGCGGGCAUGCACCUCCUGAAGAUGUUGCAGAAGCCUUGGCUUCAAUGGCCGAAGUGCGCUCCCACGACGCGAAGGCCAACACACCUUUCGCACAAUCGGCUCGCCGGAACAGGUUGCAUUUCCCCGGCGGCAAAGAAGAUGAUAUCACGGUUGUGGCAGCUUGGGUGCAGAAUGAAGACAACAACCAAGGACACCAGCAGAAAGAUGUGACCGUGGGAGCUCUUGAGACGGCAAGCGCAAGACAGACUUGCGUCCUCUCUUAG